CUAUCGGAAAUGCAAAAGAAAGAAGAACAUCGAGACUUUGGAAAUCGAGGAGUGGACGUGGCCUCCGAGCACCUGAUAUCAACCAUCCAUGCAGCGCUGCCUCACUCUGACUUUUGCCCGGCGCAGCAGGCUCUUUUUGAGAAAUAAAUUUGUAACGGUCCACUGCCAGCAGACAGCAGCCAUGUCGAGUCUCCUCAUCAACCAGCCCAAAUACUCCUGGCUGAAAGAGCUCGGCCUGUCUGAGGACAACCCCGGUGUUUACAAUGGCAGCUGGGGAGGUAGUGGAGAGGUCAUCACAUCAUACUGCCCUGCCAACAACGAGCCAAUUGCCAGAGUGACCCAGGCAACUUUGGGGGAGUACGAAGAAACUGUCCAGAAGGCGAAGGAGGCUUGGAAGGUUUGGGCGGACAUCCCUGCUCCAAAAAGAGGGGAGAUUGUGAGGCAGAUUGGUGACGCACUAAGAAAGAAGAUCAAGGUCCUCGGGAGCCUGGUGUCUCUAGAAAUGGGUAAAAUUUAUGUUGAGGGAGUGGGUGAGGUUCAGGAAUACGUUGAUGUUUGUGACUAUGCUGUGGGUCUUUCUAGAAUGAUUGGUGGUCCCAUCUUGCCCUCUGAAAGACCAGGCCAUGCUCUGCUCGAACAGUGGAACCCCGUUGGUCUGGUCGGCAUUAUCACCGCCUUCAACUUCCCCGUAGCAGUGUAUGGCUGGAACAAUGCCCUCGCUCUGACCUGUGGCAAUGUUUGCCUUUGGAAAGGAGCUCCAACCACCCCUCUCACAAGUGUUGCAGUCACUAAGAUUGUGGCUGAGGUGCUGGAGCAGAACAACCUGCCUGGUGCAAUCUGCUCUAUGACCUGUGGAGGUGCCGAUAUUGGUUCUGCUAUGGCAAAGGACGAGCGUGUGGAUCUGGUGUCAUUCACUGGCAGCACUCAUGUUGGCAAGAUGGUGGCCAUGACGGUGCAAGAAAGGUUUGGUCGCAAUCUGCUGGAGCUGGGCGGAAACAAUGCUAUAAUUGUGUUUGAAGAUGCUGACCUAAAUCUUGUGGUGCCGUCUGCUGUAUUUGCAUCUGUGGGAACUGCUGGUCAGCGCUGUACCACAACCAGGAGGCUGAUUCUGCACGAGAGUGUUCAUGAUGCAGUGGUUGAGAGGGUCACCAAAGCUUACAAACAAGUCCGCAUUGGAGACCCCUGGGAUCCCAACACCCUGUAUGGGCCACUGCACACCAAACAAGCAGUGGAUCAGUACUUGGCAGCUAUUGAGCAGGCCAAGCAACAGGGCGGCACUGUGGUCUGUGGUGGAAAGGUGAUGGACCGUCCUGGCAACUAUGUGGAGCCCACCAUUAUCACUGGACUGGCUCACGACGCUCCCAUCGUCCAGACAGAAACAUUCGUCCCCAUCCUCUAUGUCCUCAAGUUCAAGACAGAAGAGGAAGCCUUUGCCUGGAACAAUGAGGUCAAGCAGGGUCUUUCCAGCAGCAUCUUCACCAAAGAUAUGGGCCGGGUUUUCCGCUGGCUGGGGCCCAAAGGAUCGGAUUGCGGCAUUGUGAAUGUCAACAUUCCUACAAGCGGAGCAGAGAUCGGAGGAGCAUUCGGUGGGGAGAAACACACUGGAGGUGGAAGGGAGUCUGGCAGUGACUCAUGGAAGCAGUACAUGAGGCGUUCAACAUGCACAAUAAACUACAGCAAAGAUCUUCCUCUGGCUCAGGGAAUCAAGUUUGAGUGAGGUUUCGGGUUUAAACAUGUUUAAGCGUCAGUGUGGAGCAAAAGAAUAGCACUUAAUGUGUCUAGGGAGCCAAGUGUUGCCUAAUAAAUGCAAGACUUCCUUUUGUUGUUGCUCUUUUGAAAAGCUUUACAGAUCAUAUCUAUUUCUCUGGUAGUGAGUCUUAAAUAUUAAUCUCAGAAAUUUGGAAACUAGUUUUGUAGAUGAGGUCAAAUACUGUUCCCCUAUGGUGUGUACUUUUCUUCAUGAGGGUUUGGGUACAAGGUUACUGUAAUAAAAACUUAACAAUAUAAAUCUUACCACUGUUUCAGAAGAACAACCAGACUAGACAUGUAGCAAUUCUUAAUGUGACAGUCAGUUAAGAGGCAGAUUUUUUGACAAUAGUUAAUGUAUUAACAGAAAGACACCUUAGCUUGCAAAUCAAAGUCCCUGUAGUACAAACAGCAUUUCACCACACUGUUUGAAAGAAAUCAUAUUAAGGGCUCCAGGAUCAUAAAAAAACAAACAAAUGCAUGUUUAUGGAAGGUGGCUGUUAAAGCUCCUGCUGAGGGUAACUUGACACUAUCAGAAAUUACUGAAGGUAUUAAAAGGAUUGUGUGUUGUGGCUGAUUAGUGCAGUUGUUUGCAUCUGAAGUGCCAUUGAAGUCACAAUGUGCUUGUCAGCCUGACUAGCAAAUAAUAAAGGUUCUCUGUCGAUA